GUCUGUCUCGACCGCGACGUUGUCGGAGCCUUCCACUCAGGACAUAGCCAACUGGGACCACUCAUCAAGUAAACAUGCCCCAUGCAGAUGCCUCUCUACUGCCUUCGAGUGUCAAGAGCAAACCCGAUUUUUGGGAACAUGUAUAUAAACAACUCGCUUCCCUCCUUGAAGGACAAAGAGACUGGGUGACCAAUCUCGCCAAUGCAUCCUCCCUUGUUUUCAACGCUUUACUCUCUUUUCCUGCUUUCGGACAAGGCGCUUCGUCUGUGAACUGGUGUGGUUUCUAUCUCGAUUCAGCCAUCUUCCCCUCCCCGAAGUUUGGACAUUUUCGCACGGCAAAUGUCUCAGAGGGGUCCAGUCGAUUGCUUCUAGGUCCAUUCUGUGGUAAACCCGCAUGCCAGUUCAUCAAUACGACUCCGGGAAAAGCCCGCGGCGUGUGUGCGGAUGCCUUCAUUUCUUGCAAAACAAUCCUCGUUCACGAUGUGACUGCGUAUCCUGGACAUAUUGCCUGCGACGGUGACACGAAUAGUGAAGUCGUGUGUCCUCUUGUGUUGAAACUAGACGGCAGAGAAGUCACUCUCGGGGUCUUGGAUCUGGAUUGUUUGGCGGUAGGCGGCUUCACAGAGGAGGACAGAGCGGGCCUGGAGAGAAUCACAGCAUUAAUAGUACGGGCAUGCGAUUGGUAG